GCCGCCCACUCCGCUCCCUCUCCGGCUACACGCAGACUGUCGGGAUGUGACCCCGGAACAGGACGCUUCCUUAGAAACAAUAAAUUAAAAAAUAAAAAAUAAACACGAACGAAAAAUUUAAAAAAAUCCUGGACCAGGAGAGUGCGUCAGGAGCAGGGGGGAUGAAUCGCGAGGAGGCCCCUGGGAAGUCUCCUGAGGAGAUGUAUGUUCAGCAGAAGGUGCGAGUGCUGCUCAUGUUAAAGAAGAUGGGAUCAAAUCUGACACCAAGUGAGGAAGCGUUCCUACGGAACUAUGCAGGUGUGGUGCACAGUCAGAUGAGCCAGCUCCCGCAGCACAACAUCGACCAGGGUGCGGAGGAUGUGGUGAUGGCCUUCUCCAGAUCAGAGACAGAGGACAGGAGGCAGUGAGCUCUCGCCCUGGACCGCCGCCCCCUCGGUGCAGCCCUUCCCAUCACUGCAGAGGCGGUCGGAGUGAGGAGGAGUGCGGCUGGGCUGAGGAAGGAGCGGGUCUUCAUUGAUCGCUGCCUGCCCUCAACACCCCCACACCCCACACCCCCCACGCCUCUUCUUCAUUGCCCUCCUCUUCCUUACACUAACUGUGACACAUUAGCGGCUGAGCUCCAGGGCUGCCCUGGCUCUUGGAUGAGGUCAUAAAAAUGAGUCGCAAAGAGUGACUUUUAUUUUAUUUUAUUUUUAAAAUCGUUGUCGUCGUUGUUGUUAUUGUUGUUGUUGUUGUUGUUGUCGUCCUCGGCGUGACGCUUGAGGCAGCGGUUGUAUGCUUCUGUCCUGAUGAGAGGCGAAACGGACCAAGAGCUUCAUUUGUCUGGUCAAACCAAGAACAAAGUCUGGAUGAGUUGAGAUAAUGGACUUUUGCAUUAUUGUUUUGGGAAUUAUUUGAUUUUGUUUGUGUGCAUUUUCCUGUUGCUGUUGUGUAUGGAGUCCUGCAGGUAGAGAAUGUUAAUUAGGUGACUGUGUUGUUUCUCACCCCCCCCCCCCCUUUUUUUUUAUGUGUGUUUAACUCUCAACCAGAUUGUAAUCCUCACAUCAUCAUGUCACCAUAUUAAUGUGCAAGGUGUUGAGAAAGCCACUGCACUACAUAUAAAAACAUGGAAUGAUUGUGUGUGCAUGCAUGUGGGAGUGCAAGGGUUUGUGUGUUUUGUGUGCACAUGUGUGCACAAUGCACACAUUCUCACACAGGUGCACAAGAAUUGCCUGACUCAUUCAGUAAUGUCUUUUUUUGGAUGUUUGGAUUAAUGUGAAAAUUCAAAGCUUUUUUUAUUGUAAAGACAAUACGGGGGAAAAUACUAAUGAGCAAAUUGUGCCACCUGUUUUAUUGUAAAAUAAUUUUUAAAGCUAUUUACUAAAUGUCUUGGGUCAUUAUUUAUUUUUCCACUACAAAUCAAAACUGAAGGUGAACAAGAACACUUUAUGAACACUUUCUGCAAAAGAACAUUUUUACCCAGGUUGCCAUAUAUGGGGAAAAUAAGUAAGCAAAGUUAGAUCAAUACUAUCUCAGCCUUAAGCUUCAUAACCCGCUGUCCUGGAGAGUUCAACAUUGAUUCUAGCCCCUGUAUUAGAUGUCUGUGCUAGAACAGACGUGGCCAAACAUUUGUUCCCCCCUUUAAACUGGAACGUUUGAAAUGGAUUGAAUUUUGCUGUUUUCAUUAUAUUUGGCCUCAAACAUUUUUGGUAACAUGCUUAAUUUUUAAUGUGCAUUCAUAUAUUUUGUUAACUUGCUUAACUUAACAGUAACUUCAGUGUUUUUGAAAAAAUGAUGCAUGCCUGCCUUGUGGUCUGAUGGUGUACUUUCAAAUAGAUCUUUUGAAGGACGUGUAAAGCCUUUGCCACAAUGAACAUCACUGAAUAUUUUUUGAUAUCUGUGGAAGCUCUUUUUAAAUAUUCUCAGAAUGGAAGUUGUCAUGGUAACUUAUUGGUAUCCUGUUGGCAAUAAGUGUUACACUGAAUGUCCUGAGUUGUCACAGCUACUUGUGUACACAGCCUUCUCGUCUGUCUGAAAAUCUGCACCACCAGUGAUAAGGGUGUCUGUACAGCUGUGUUUUAUUGUCAUUUGUCUAUGCAUUUUUUUGUUGUUGUUGAAGGAUAAAAUGUAGAUUUUUGGAGCAUAGCUAGAGCACAAGUCUCUAUGUAGUCACUUCCUUUGAUGGUUGGAUCAUUUCAACAAGUUAAAUUGGAGAAUCCGCUCAGAGAGGAGUCAUACAGAGACUGAAUGUGAUAGACGUUUUGUUCAAAAAUGCUAAAGAUAUCCUUUAAUCUGUAGCCCAAAACCAUCUAUUACUGCAGUCAUAUCAGAUUAAAUUGCAUUUCUAGUCUUUUGUUCUCAUUUAAGUUUUUUUUCCUUGUCUUUCUCAAAAUUGCUACUUCCAUGUUCUUUAACUUAAUGCUUCCAAAACGUGAACCAAUAAAAAAUGAGUUUAAGGCUA